GUCGGCUGACUGGGCACUAGCUCGGAGGGAGACGCCAGUCAUUUUCUCCACGUCCUCUCCCGUUUAAAGCAGCACGAUCCAAACUUGUACAUCAUUGUAGUUUGAGGACGGGGGACACAGUACAUCAAAGCGGCGUCUGUAUUUGUUUUGUUGGGGGGGUUGGGAAAUAGCAAUUAGCAUGAGGGGCAGGACAUCACCGACACGCCGAUGAAACCAACCCGGUUUUGGUCUAGCCUAGCCUGUGGGUACUUUCUGAACUUCAAAAGCUCCCGGAGAGCAGGAUCAUUUCCAGCGGUAGGGCUAUGAGAGAACGUGUCGGUUGUAAUUUUACCGGAUCAUAUGUAGAAGGAUUUUUCAGAACGCCGGGCAUGCUUCACAGGGCAAAGUACAGUCGUUUCAGAAACGAUUCUUUAACAUCAUUAGACGACCCCCCGACCACCGCUUCACUCAGGGUCAAGAAUUCAUCCAGCUCGUCCCCUUGCUCUCCACUGACGCCCGGCUCUCCGGCAGAUGAACUCUUGGCCGAGUCAGGGCAUGCUGCGACCGGUCUGUGCAUUCCCAAGAUGACCAACCUGAAACUGUCUAACCCGGCCAGCCUGCUUGGCCUCAAGAGCUUGUCACUGGGCGCCAAGGAAAUAGCCCGGGUGAAAGGCACCGACACCUUUGACGCUCAGAGUCUCUCUUCCUCCGCCCUCGACCUAACCAGCUGCUUCUCUGCAUUCCCUCACCCCAAACAGGAGCUCCACAAGCUGGCCGCUAGCACAAUGCAGUUUGGAGGGGGGCAACCCGUCAGCCAAGACUGGGCCAAAGUGUCGCCGCAUCCUCGGGGCGAUGUUCUCGGCUCUGGUGCACUUUACGCUGUGAGAUAUAUGGGCUGUGUCGAAGUAUUACAGUCCAUGAGGUCACUUGAUUUCAAUACAAGAACCCAAGUCACGAGAGAAGCAAUAAGCAGAGUGUGUGAGGCUGUUCCAGAUGCAAAAGGGGCCAUGAGAAGAAGAAAGCCUCCCAGUAAAGGGUUGUCUACAAUCUUGGGGAAGAGUAACCUUCAGUUUUCAGGAAUGAACAUCAUAAUGAGCAUCUCUACGAACAGUCUUAACUUGACGAUCCCACACUCCAAACAGAUCAUCGCUAACCACCACAUGCAGUCGAUCUCGUUUGCUUCUGGAGGAGAUCCAGAUACAACUGAUUAUGUAGCUUACGUUGCCAAGGACCCAGUAAAUCAAAGAGCUUGCCAUAUUGUAGAGUGUUCUGAAGAUUUAGCCCAGGAUGUUAUAAAUACCAUAGGAAAAGCAUUUGAACUUCGAUUUAAACAAUACUUGAAGAAUUCACCUGUAGUUAUUACACCUAAUGAAAGAAGGCCAGGCCUUGCAAUAUGGAAUGUGGAGGGUGAUGAAGAUCAGAACCAUGGAUACUACAAUGAAACGGCAGGUAAACUAGCACCACCAGGAAGCCCAGAAAAUGCAAAAGUAAAGGAGGACUCAGCAGUCUACAGUAAUAACAGCCAAAUAAAAAAAGAUGGAGACUUUUCACAGACUGCUAGCCCAUCAUCUGUUACCAUUUAUGAAAAUUAUUCAGACCCACACAAAGAAACUUUCAUUAUGGCAGGCAAUUCAUGGACUAGAUUUCCACAAACUAAUAGAAACAUUCUGCCAAUCAAAGCCAGCAGCAGGUCUGAUCUUUUUGAUGAUCCAUCUUAUAUGAACACACAGAAUGUGGAGAAACCCACCUCUUCUGCCAGGAAUGGAGCAUCUGGCCAGAUCUUUGCUAACUUGUGCAAAGAUAUAUAUGACCAAAAACAAGUGGAUGCUGCAACAUUCAACAGGACUACAGCUGUCCCACUGUCCAAUACUUUGUCUUCGAUGAGAGAGCAGCUGGCAAAGGAAGUCUGGUACCGUGGACGAAUGAGCAGACAGGAAGCUGAAAGGCUGCUGAUAAAAGAUGGUGACUUUCUGGUACGGGAAAGUGUGACCACACCAGAACAAUAUGUACUGACUGGGCUGCAGGGAGGACAAGCUAAGCAUUUACUACUGGUGGAUCCUGAAGGCUUGGUGAGGACAAAGGACUGCAUAUUUGAUAGUGUCAGUCAUUUGAUCAGCUACCACGUGGACAACCAGCUGCCAAUCAUCUCAUCAGGAAACCAACUGUAUCUUAAAAGAGCUGUCUAAAACAAACAUUAAAGAACUCAGACAAAGAGUUUGCUUGCAGAUAUAGUAAUUUGCACUUGUGCAGGUAUUUUGGAAAGCUGUCUUCUGAAUGAUUAUCCACAGACUGACUGACUGCAGAGUUGUUUUCAAAAUAAUGUUUAAAAACAUUGUAGGCUGCAAUGGUCACAAUCACUUUGUACCUCUGACUUGGUGUUUGCUACAAGAAAGUAAUAAAUUUAAUGUGUCAAUGUAUAUAAUAUUUUAAGGAAUAUAAAUGAAGAAAUAACAAGUGUAGUUACAUACUGUGUGAAUGUUUGUUUUCUUUAUUUCUAAGCACAAAUGGCAUUGAAAACGUGCAAAGGUCAAUCCCAAUGAAAUGCAGACCAUAAAAAUGUGCCUUGAUUCCAAAGAGAAAUUACGCAUAUGAAGAAGCUUUUCUUUUUUCCAAAUGAUUUUAUUUGCAGUAUUCAGUACAUUAAAAUCAUUUGUUUGGAAACUGCCUUCACGCCAGAAUUCUAAGAAGCAAAAACGUUUAGGAAGUGGAAUGUAGUUUUAGUAAUGCCUUUGCUCUGUGCCAAUACAGUUUGCAUUUUCAGUACUAAUGCCCAUAUUGCUUUGAAAAGCACCUUACCAAUGCAGGGUUUUACUGUUUCCCUUUCUUUUGAGUGUUCAAAGAUUUAUCACAUACAAAAGCACAUGUAUCCAUGUGUGUGUAUAUAUAUAUACAUCAUAUUAAAUAAAUACAUUUCUAAAGGAAUAUUGAUUUUUCAUAUUCAUGUUAUGUUAAUUAGUGUAUUGAAACUAUUGGAGGAAAAUAAAUUUUGCAGAAUCAAACUUUUUCAUAGCUGAUAAAUGUAGGAUAAUUUUAGAUAAAGCAAAUUAAUUCUAAGUGUAUCUGCUUGUUUAUAAUGUGAAUAGUAACAAGGAGAAAGUUAGAAUUCUGGAAGCAGAAUGAUAUUUUUAAUAUUUUUGGCUGGGUUUCCACACUGAAGUACAAUAUACAUGUGUCAAUUAUCUUCAUCCUUGCAUCAAAGCAUGGCAUGAUUUGAGAUUUAUUUUACUGAACAUAUCCCAUUUCUAUCAGUCUAACUUGAUGCCAGAUUUCAAGGAACAGAUGUUAUUUCCAUGGCAUGAUAACUUCAUCCAAUUGAAACAGUUUAUUAAAGAAAAUCAGUUGAAGUAUUUUUAAUGCUUAAAAUUGUGAAUCAUGCAUGACUUCUAAUGCAGUAUCAUUUGUAAAUAAUUUUGUGCAGGUAUGCUGUGCACGUGAAGAAUAAAAGGUUAUUUUGUUCA